CUCCAUAGCCAUCGAGAGACGGGAGGAAGAGGCCAGAGGCAGCCAAUCUCACAAAGAAGAGCUGUCUAGGUAUGGAAGCUGAGGAGACGAUGGGUUGCAUCCAGGAAUUCCCAGACCACUAUAAAGUUAUGUUGGACAGGUUAAAUGAGCAGAGGGAACUCGACCAGUUUACUGACAUCACUUUAAUUGUGGAUGGUCACCAGUUUAAAGCUCACAAAGCCGUCCUCGCAGCAUGCAGUAAUUUCUUCCACAAAUUUUUUCAGGAUUUCACUCAGGAACCAUUGGUGGAAAUAGAAGGUGUAAGCAACUCUGCAUUCAAACACCUUCUAGAAUUCACCUACACUGCCAAACUGAUGAUUCAGGGCGAGGAGGAAGCCUCUGAUAUCUGGAAAGCAGCAGAGUAUCUGUCGAUGCAUGAAGCCCUCAAAGCACUUGAAUUCAGGAACAAAGAAACUAUAUUCAUUGAGGAGAAAACAGAAGAUGAAUCAAUUAACUGGAAGCUCUCCGAUGCUGCCAAUGUUAUCACAGAAACAAUGCCACCUACAGAGGGAGAACCUGUUGAAAUUGAAGUGGAAAUUGCUGAAGGAACUAUAGAAUUGGACGAAAACUUAGAAACACUGGAAGAGGUGGCGUCAGCUGAGCAAUCUAUCAAAUACAUCCAGAGUACAGCUACAUCAGAUGACUCUGCUCUGGCUCUCUUAGCAGAUAUAACCAGCAAGUACCGUCAAGGAGAAAGGAAGAGGCAGUUUCAAGAAGAGGACGCUAAUGAAAUUGAUGCCACCAUGAAACAGGUAGAAGACUUUGACAUUACAGACGUUCAGCUGUCUCAUGUCAGCAACAUGUUCCAUUGUAAGAAAUGUAAUCGUUCAUUUAAAUUGUUUUACCAUUUAAAGGAACACAUGAAAUCACACUCCAAUGAAAAUUUCAAAUGUGACAUAUGCAAUAAAAGGUAUGUACGUGAGAUUGCCUGGAAACAACACCUUACCUGUUAUCACCUUGAUGAAAGUGGGGCAGCCAAGAGAGCAAGACCGGGCAAAAAGAUACAUGUAUGUCAGUUUUGCGAUAAGCAGUUUGAUCACUUUGGACAUUUUAAAGAGCAUCUGCGCAAACACACAGGGGAAAAACCAUUUGAAUGUCCUAAUUGUCACGAGCGUUUUGCAAGAAAUAGUACUCUUAAAUGUCACAUGUCAGCUUGUCAAGUUGGUGUUGGUGCCAAAAAGGGAAGAAAAAAACUCUACGAAUGUCAGGUGUGCAAUAGUGUGUUUAAUUGUUGGGACCAGUUUAAGGACCAUCUGGUGGUUCACACUGGCGAUAAGCCGAAUCACUGUACACUGUGUGAUUUAUGGUUUAUGCAAGGCAGUGAGCUAAGAAAACACUUACGGGAUAUACACAACAUAUCUCAAAGAAUUGUGACAGAGGUUGUUCUUCCUUCUGAAAAUGUAGAUACGGAAUCUGUAGCUUCAAUGACAUUUGUGGAGCAAGUUGAACAAGUCCACGUUGUGCCUAUGGAUCAAGUUAUACAAGUGCAGGUUGAUCCUCCUCAUUUAACUUUGGGACACCUGCAUCAGGAUCUCCUUGAGGUAAACCAUGUGAAAGGUGCUCACAUAUUGGAUCUACAGACACAGGUUCACAUGGGCCACAUAGAAGUUGAACAUCUUCAGAUUGAUCCUGGUACUGAAGUUCAGAUAGAGGAAGUACAUGUUGAACACGUAAACCAGAUAGAAAUGGAAGAAGUAGAAACAGAACUUUUGGACGAAUCCAGUAUACAGCACAUAGAGCAAACCAUCGAAGAACAUGAUGAGUCUUGUAAUCCAGAAGAAAGUGAUCUUCAUCAUACAACAGAAAAAAACUUACAUAUUAAACAAAUUGAGAUAACUCAUUGAAGCAACUGCCAAAUAGGACAGAGAAUAUCAUAUUGCUUUAAUAAAAACUAGCAAAACACAAACAUGCUUUGUUCCACCUUGCAACCUGUUUUGUCUAGUGCCAUAGGCUCUUUUUUAUCUGCAACAUUGGAAGGACCAAAGUGUAAUAUUUCUUAAAGCAUUUUUUUUUCUUCCUUGUAAAAUGAUAUGGAGAAACUCCAUCUAGGAAAUGGAUGGAAAGAUUAAUUAACAUAGACUGUGAGCAUUUUGUUAUACAGUUUACAUCAUUCUGGCUUUUGGAAUUUCAAUAUGCAGUUUAUUUAAAAGUUACUGAAUAUUUUGUUAAUUUUUCAUGUAAAAUCUUUGGCCUGGAGCACUAUUGCCUGUUGUGAUACAAAUCUUGGAUUGCAUGUAUAUUACAAAACGUUUUAAUAUAUAAAACACUGAUACAACAGAAA